UAUCUCCAUUGUCGGCAAACUGUAGCUGCAGCCGUGAGCAGCUAGCCAGUUGGUGGCCGUAGGUUCUAAAGUGAGUGUCAAGUUGCCAGAGUUCACAUUAUCACAAUUUGCAUCUUCGGCGUUGGCGAAGAAAGAUGGCUUAUUUACCACGAGAUGGCGGUGGCUGCUGGGCAGAAGAGGACGACACUUUCUCGAUAUUUGAAUCCGUCACCAAUUUCCUGCUCCGGAACAAAGUUUACGUUGCGGCUGCCGUGGGCGUCGUGGGGGCGGUGAAAAUCUACAGGGUCGUCAGAAAGCGGAGACUGAGGGCGGUCUGGGAGUCGCUGGGUCCCAAUGUUGUAGUUCACCACACGAUCCUGCCUGGCGAGGUGUGCCCCAGCAUCACGCCGUUCGCUGUAAAGCUCGAGUCUUUCUUCAGACUCGCCAAAAUUGACUACAAGAAUGACUAUGAGGAGCCCAUGGGCCCCAAGAACAAAGUUCCGUGGAUCACCAUCAACGGGGAAGAUAUUUCGGACUCUGAGAUCAUUAUUGACAGGUUGCAACAAAUGUUCAACAUACAUCCGGACGCCAACGUGCCGCCUAAAGAUAACGCCGUUGCGACUGCCAUGAGGAUCAUGUUGGAGGAGCACUUUUACUGGGGUCUGAUAUCAUGGCGAUACGAUGAAGAUGCAAUGAACGGUCUGUUCCAAGUAUUCAAACUGCCGCUACUGUACCGACUUCUCUUCAAGUCAUGCCGAGGUAAAAUGCAACGAAUGCUCUACGAUCAAGGCACUGGACGGCACUCGUUUGAAGAGGUGCACUCGUUCAUGAAGAAAGAUCUGGAGGCGCUAUCUGUAUACAUCGGAGAUAAAAAGUUCUUCCAUGGCGAUAACAUCCACGUGGUGGACUGCGCCAUCUUCGGAGCUCUCACUCAGAUCGUCUACAACAGUCCCGGCAGUCCCUACACAAGAUUACUCAAAGAUAAAUACUCCAACCUUCUGGCCUACACGGAGCGCGUCAAGCAGCGUCUUUGGCCGGAUUGGGACGAAUAUCUUGUAAAGAAAUGAAGUCUUGUUCAUAUUUCCAGCGGAAUAAGAAGGGUACUCGAGUUAAAUAUUAUGGUUUAAAGUUCAUUUACUGAACACAUAUUAACGAAGGCGAGCUAUAAAUCCUGAUCCUCCGCAAUUUUUGCUACAAUAAUAAGCCUAUUUUUAGUUUCUUAAGUAAUUUUGAUCGAAUAAUAAAUGAAAAGAUAUAAACGAGCAGUGUAUCACUCAAGAGAGCUUUCAGUAAAAGAUCAAAUUGG